GAUGCCAUCUCUAUCAAGUCGGGCUGAGAAUUAUUUCAUAGAUUUUCGUAAACAAACCGAAAAUUCUCCAGAUAAAUGGCCACCUGGACACAAAAUGAACCGACAGGCGUCACGAAGCGCAGGCGUUGGAAUCUGGAAGAUCGUGCCUCCCUGAACAAACUAAAGCAUCACAUUGCCGAUGAGGGAUGUCCCCAGAUGCAAUACGAUCUGGCCAAGGAGUUGCUGAACAAUGCCAUAGAGCCCAAUCUUGCCAAAGGCAAUCAGAACCAGAAGGCCGUCAACUGGCUAGUGAGUGCUGCCCACAAUGGACACGAAGAUGCGGCCAAGCUGCUCCGCCAGUGCUACAACGAUGGCAGCGGCAUUACGGCAGAGAAUGCGGACGAAGUGCGUCGCUGCCUGGCCAUGACUCCCGGCGAACGUGCGGCGAGAAAAGCAGCCCGGGAACUAUUUGCCUGCCUAUCAAACGGCAACGAGCACAUCACGCCCAAGCAGCUAGAGCGCAAGAUGCGACGAAUUUAUAAUCUGCAGCGCAAGAGGCGUCGACGCGACGAUGACCGAUCCUCGUCGAGCAGCGAAGGAGAGCAGGAUGCCGAGCCGGAGUGCGAACCCCUUGAAGAUGUGCCCACAAUUGGAAUGGCCAAUGUGGAACGACGACGCCUCAUCACCGAAGCCCACCUUGUUUCGGCUGCUUCCAACUACAGUGCCGGUCAGAUGCCCAGCGUUAAUGAUGCUCUCACAUUGUCCGUGCCAGAUCCGAGGAGUCUGGACCACGUGCCCUGCUUCUACCGCAUGAUCUUCCACCCGCUCAUCUUCUUUACCCUGUUCUACCACCGCCUGCUCAACCUGAUUGUGUCCAUUCCCAACGUCAUCCCGCUGAGCGUCCGUUGCAGUAUCCUCGUGGCUCUUUCCUGGUGGAGCACCCGCCACAUGCUGCCUUUGGCCAGCUAUUACCUCAGUCUGGGCAUCAUGAUCUGGGCCACUUGUAAGAUGUUGAAGACCAAACAGCAGUUCGUGGACUUUCGCAUCUGGUCGGGAUUGUUCCUCAGCUACGGAGAUCCAAAUAUCGAGGCGGACAUUGCGGAGCAGCGCUUUCUGCGCAACAAUAUGAAGCCGUACCUGUAUUACUUUUGUGCCUUCAUCUGCAACCUGAUCGUGUAUCCGUUGGUGACCGACGCCUGGCUGCCACACUCGGAGCUGACCAUUGUUUCCGGAGCCUUCACCUUCCUCACCAUGGGCGUGUCCAUGUACGCCUCCUCCCACCUUAUGCCUGACUGGCUAGUUAUAGUAUCCUUUGCCGUGAAUGUGCUUGCCAAGUAUCCCUACGAAAUGGACGAGGUUGUGUCCACGCGCUGGCGCUUUUUGGACCUACGUGUACCCACCUUCUCCUCCUUUGUCAUUGGCAACGGGAUCGAGUUCUGCCUGAAUUGCCGUACCGCCUUGUAUCUAUUUAUUCCCGUGCUACUAGUGAUGAUGGCCAAACGAUCCCACUGGCAUGGAGUUUACACAUACCUAAUUCCUCACUGCGUUACGCUUAGCUGGCUACAGGUGUGCAUCGCAACGUCGCAGAGCGCCACCAUGUUUGGAGUGAUGCGAGCAGCCCUUGGCUUGGCCGGAAUUGUCUUGUUCCUGCCGCUCUUUGGAAUCGUGGCUCUUCUUGUGCCUGUGUUCGUCGCCAUCGACAGUUUGGGCCUGGCCAGCGAGCAACUGCGCUGGGGCAGCACUGCCCUCGCCUGCGGGCUGGUGGUGGUGUUAUCCUGCGUACUAGCCCUGAACCGAGCCACCCAGAAAUACAUCACCAUGCUGCAGCUCAUUGUGGCAGUCACAACAGCCUGCUUGUUGGUCUUUCCCUACAUGACGUCCAGCUUCAAGGAUACACCCCGCUUCAAUGCCAUGCCCAGAGUGGGUCUGCACUCGCUAUCCGAGACGGAUACCCUGCAGUGGGAUCGCUUUCACGCCCUCUGUGCCCAACCAGUCAAUGAGCAGCCGAACAAGAUCAAAGCGCAGCUACGUUGCUCCCAUCUGAAUGGAAUGCCAGUGACCUGGGAGGGCAGUAUCGCCAAAGUGGAGAUCUCGCGGGUGUCCAACAUUCUGGAGGAUGUCAUUGCCAACUAUCUUCCCGUGUGGCUGGGCAGGCUGCUGCGCUGUGUGCACGGCGAGAAUAUAUCGCAGCACUUCAGGUGCGAUCCCAAGUUGGAUGCCCAGUGCGAGGAGUGGAGGAGCGUAAUCAAGACGCUAAAGGCGCAGAGCGGUAGUUGCACACUGCAGCGGUGGAAUCGGUACGAGUACGAGCUGCUGGUGAAAGUAGGCAUCAAAAAGGCCAGUCGGCUCCUGGGCCGUUCCACUUCCUCCUCCACUGAUGUUAUCCUACGAGCUCACCAUGAUUUUGGAAACUUCACCAGGCUGUUGAGCGAAGGCGAUGUUGUGGCUUUCUACGGGACUUUGCACAAUUCACGACUUUUGGCCAACAGCGUGCAGGUGCAACUGAAAACCAUCGAGUGUGUCAACUGUCGGUCGCCGGAUCUGGGCACGGCCAGUAUCGAACGAGUGGUGGCCGCGUCGCCCAUGGAUGCUCGUCUCCAGGAUUUGAUGAGGGGCAUCAAGUAUUUUCUUAACGCUUUGUUGAAUCCUUUAAUCACAUUUAAGUAAAGCCCUUCCAAUUGAAAGACCCCAAGGAAUGUGAUUUCCUUGGCAUCAGCUCACCAAUUUGUAUUGGUUCUUAUAAAUAUGUAUUUAUUAAAAAUCCAAGAGGAUCAUCCUCUCUGUUAGCGUGGCAUUUAAAAUAUGAACGCUUUGUUGGUAAUUUAAAUUUAA